AUGCUUCGCAACGUCUGCCUCCUCGUCAUCCUCGGGCUUGCCCCCGCUCUCAUUGCCGCUAGCCCGGUGCCCGGUGGUGACUAUGGUUACGGUGGCUCCUCUGGCGGCGGUGGUGGCUCCGUCAGCCCAGGCGGUCCCAGUGGUCCCGGAGGUGGUGGUGCCGGCGGUCCUCAGGGUCCUGGUGGGCCGUCUGGUCCGGGAGGUCCGGGUGGCCCUGGAGGCCCGGGUGGCCCCAAAGGCUCCGGAGGUCCCGGCGGUCCCGGCGGUCCUGGUGGCCCUGGUGGUCCUGGUGGUCCCGGAGGCCCUAGCGGCCCUGGCGGUAAGGGUGGCGUUCAGCUCCCUGGCAGCAAUGGUGGUGUUAAGCUCCCUCCUGGCCAGGGCGGUGUUAGGUUCCCUUCCGGCCAAGAUGGUGCAGUCAACUGUGACUACCCAUCCAACCGCAACAACCCGGCUUGCACAACCACCAACUCUGGCGGUAACACCCCAGUCUGUGGCAACGUCAACCCCUGCGCCAACAUGGCCUCCGGACCCGGUGCCGGCCCCAACGCCAUGUGCGUCAACUGCGACUACCCCAGCAACGCCGGCAACUUUGCCUGCAAGAGCAACACUGGCAUGCAGGCCAACUGCAACCUGUCGCAGUUUGCCAACCUCAGCAUCUGCGGUGGCUCGUGCCCCGACAACAACACUCCCACCCCGACCCCGUCGAACAACAGCCCGCCGCCUUCGAACGAGACCCCGACCCCGAUCCCCACCGACGUCGCCCCGGCUUCCACUGUUACUCCCACCCCAGAGCCCACCCCCACGGACUAUUCUCCCGAGCCCUCGGCCACGGACUCUUCUCCUGCCACGGCAACUGACAACUCUCCUGCUCCGACCAGCACCAACAGCGACUACAAUGACGAUUCUGGUGACUACUCCGUCUCCGAUGACUACAGCCAGUAA